AUGACACAAGCGUUUGGCAUUUCGUUACAAAGACGUUCGCAUCUUUAUAUUGAUACCUCGAUCCCGUUAUAUAAACGACCCAUGUGGAUUGCAGGCUUUUUAAUCUACACCAUUUCGAACAUGAUUGGCUCCACAAGUACCAUCGGCUACUUACCCAUUGUCAUUCUUGCUCCCGUUGGAGCCAUCGGUCUUGUCUUUAACGCCAUCUUUGCCAACUGGAUCUUGGGUGACCCGUUCACCAGACGCACUGUAUUUGAAGGUACUGCUAUGAUUGUUGUGGGUGCAGGAUUAGUGGCUGGUUUCGGCACCGUGCCUGAACCUAACCAUACGUUACAGGAUUUAAUCGCUCUCUACAAACGUCCUUCCUUUAUUGUUUAUUUUUCGCUGGUGGAGACUUUUACCUGUGUCGGAUUAUUUUCUACUCAUGUCGUCGAAUAUCUCUCAAAAAAGAGACCACAUCACUGGACGCACCCGGAUUUAAAAAUGUGGCUCGGAAUCAGUUACGGUGUGUUCGGGGCAAAUAUCAGUAGUCAAGCCAUGUUAUUUGCAAAGAGUGGUUUAGAAUUGUUAAUCCUGACUGUAUUUCAACACGACAAUCAAUUUAUUUAUCCAUUGACCUGGGCCAUUGUUUUUGCAUUGGUCUUUACUGCUAUUUUACAGUUAUAUUAUUUGAAUAGAGGUGUCCAA